GAGCUGCAUUCACAAACCGGUGCAAUAAUUCAGCUUUCAAGAUCACACCGAAGGAACGGAUCUCCGAUCUCUAUAUGUUUUAUAAUGGGUUUCCGUCUCAUCUCCACACAUUUACCGGACAAGGAAUGCUGACUUGAAAUAUUCAGGAAUUUGAUUUCAAAUGGAUCUUCAAAGACGGCGUUGUGUUCAUGAAAAUGAAGAUAUUUUGGGCUCUUCUGUACUUGAGCACUUUUACUGGAUCAAACUUUGCCAGUAUGAAGCACCUGGAGGACUCAUUCAAUGACUGAGCAUCACCAAUGGCGUGAUUAUCCGCUCCAUUGUCUUAGCAAUGGAUGAUAAAUCCAACAAACUCCUUUUAGUUCCUAUUUUGACCGUUUUAUUCAUCAUGAUCGGCUAUCAGUACAUCUGUCCAGCGGGCAGCACGUCUUGUCGGAUCGGGAAUGGAGAGAAUAUUCCGUUAUCCAAACAUCCCGCAGACGUCAAGCAAGAGUCUCCGGAUCCAGAUGAAGACGGUUCGGUGCGAUUCCGGGCCAAAUUCAACUUCACGCGCGACGAUCUCGAGCGCCACGUGGAUUUUGACAUUAAGGGGAGCGACGUGAUCGUAUUCCUCCACAUCCAGAAGACCGGUGGAACGACGUUCGGGAAACACCUGGUGCGGAACAUCCACCUGGAGCACCCAUGCGACUGCCGCUCCGGCCAGAAGAAAUGCACGUGUCACCGGCCGGGGAAAGCGGAGUCGUGGCUUUUCUCGCGCUUCUCCACGGGCUGGAGCUGCGGUCUGCACGCGGACUGGACCGAGCUCACGAACUGUGUGCCGACUGUGAUGAAUAAGAAACAAAAGAAAGACGCGCCACUGAACCGACGACCCAGGAACUUCUACUACAUCACGCUGUUGCGGGACCCCGUGUCACGCUACCUGAGUGAGUGGAAGCAUGUGCAGCGUGGUGCCACAUGGAAGACGGCGCUACACAAGUGCGAUGGGCGUCCGCCCACCUCAGACGAGCUUCCGGCCUGCUACAGCAGUGAAGACUGGACCGGCGUGUCUCUAGAGGAGUUUAUGAUCUGCCCAUCAAACUUAGCCAACAACCGCCAGACUCGCAUGCUGGCCGAUCUCAGUCUGGUAGGCUGCUACAACCUGUCCUCCAUGAGUGAAGAACGACGUGCCGAGCUACUUCUGAGCAGCGCCAAGCGCAACCUGCGUCGCAUGGCCUUUUUCGGUCUUACUGAGUUUCAACGCAAGACACAGUUCCUUUUUGAGAGGACGUUCGGCUUGCAUUUUAUCACCGCCUUCACUCAGAUUAACGGUACACGGGCAGCUGGGGUCACGGUGGGGGCGUCCACUCUCCGGCGCAUAGAAAAAUUGAAUGCACUGGAUGUGCAGCUGUACGAGUAUGCACAGGAGCUUUUCUUGCGACGUGUCCAAUACUGCCACCAACAGGAGAGGCAGGAGGAGCGGGAGAGGAGGCGAAAAGAACGCAGGAGAAUUAAGGAACAAAACGGAUCACAGUUUAAAGGACAAGAGGAGGACAAAGGAAAUGCAGAAUUGGAAAUGGAGACAACACAAGGGGGAACAGGUGUGACAGAGGACUAUAGUAGUCAGGUGGUGAGGUGGUGAUGCCAGUUUGAUGUUUUUCUGUUUGAUUCCCCUUCAAAUCAUCUGCGUGUUGUCCUACAGGCCUCCUCAUCUUCUGUUUGAUUGUCAGUGAUUGAGCACAGAUCCAUCAUGGAGCAACUUUGUACCAGCAAUUGACCCUUCGCUAACUCUGCCUAAUAAUGUCUGACCAAUCAUGCUUGGGCCGCAUGAAAUGGAGGAAAAUUGCUAUAUAUAAUUUUUUUACAUUUCCAAGUAACAUUAGUGAAAUUCUGUAAAAAGUAUUAUCCAGCAUUAAUGGCAAUCAAAUGGAAAUCUAAACAAAGGGCAGGCGACAUGAACUAUUUACAAAAUACAACCUGGUCUCAUAGGAUCAUGUUACUGUAGCUAAAUUUUUGCUAAAUUACUUUUAAGUGGCUCAUUCUACAAUACGUAUUGCAGCAUAUUCCUGGACAUUGGUAUAUUUACAUUACAUAACCAAUUAUAUUUACAAGCUUAUUCAAGCAUAGUUAAGUUCCGCGGCAGCUCAACUAAUACCGUGUUGCAUGUGUAAUAUGGAGGACCUUGGCAUGAAUCCAGCGGAGCAUGUGAGUUCACACGUGAGCUGCAAGUUUCAUAGAAGCAUUAUAGAAUGACAUGGUUGCAUCAGAAAUGACAUUUUUCAACUCAGUUUUUAUAUUACCAGAUAGUUUUAGGUUUAAGUUUUAGGGUAGGGAUGUUGGUUUUGUUUAUUUAAAAGCAUUAGAGCAUUAAACUGAACAACUUAAUCUGUUGUUAAUCACACAUUUGAUUUUUAUGACACUAUUGGUUAUAUUUAGAUUUAAUGUUUAGGUUAGGGAUGAAACCACACCUCAAGAUGAAUUUAUCUCUGAAUCUCUAUUAACUUUACGUAUUAAUGUGUCGAAGCUCCUCUGAGUUUGCCGGUUUAUUCUGUUGUUUUGCUUUUCUCUCUCCCUCAUGUCUCAUAGGUGGAGCUGGCAUGCGCGAUCAGUUUUUCCAUGGGAACAUUGAUUGUUCCUGGGGAAGCGCUGAUUAUGCUGCUGAUUAACGUGCCAGCUACACCUGUUCCACUCUGAUUGCAAUCCUUACUUAAUCCUUGUGUGCCCUCAUUGUCUUGCUAUAUUAUUGCUUGUGCUGUCAAGCGGCUUACCUUGUUCUCUUUGUCUAGUUGGUGCUGUUUCGUGUAUAUGUUGGUUGCUUGUCUCUGCCUACAUGUUCGGAAGUGUGAUUACCUUCCAGUUUGCUGUACGCCUAUCCUCGCCGUCCACAAAUCGCCAUUGGAGGAUUCCUCAUCUCUGUCCGCAUGCUCUCCUUCAUCCGGGCUUUGUUCUCUGCUCCACACCAUGCUUCAACAGACUGUUCCUAUGGAUCUUAUCCAGACUUCCACAACAUAUACACCUGUCUACGAACACACUCCUUCUUUGCCCUCUGCAAGCCAACUACGCGCACACAGACUUGUUCAUUGCCUCUUGCUACUGCAGCCGCUGCUGGGAUUCUAAUACUUCGCCAGCACAGUUUAUGAUGACAUUUGUUGUUAAUAAAUCCUUUGAACUGUUCUUUUGCAAUUGGGUCUCUGUCUCACUCUUGCUCUGACAGAAUAAUCUAGCCAACCAUGGACCGAGUGGAGGAAUCUACUCUUCACUCUGCCUUCUCGCAGCAAGGAGCUUUGCUAGGGCGUCAACAAGACCAAUUCUCCACUUCUAACUGGGCAUUGGAGAUGAUGGCAUUGCAGUUUGCUGAACUCACUGUGGUGGUCCACCAACUCCACCCUUCUCCCGAUCCCGGUCCCUCUCCUGAAACACCCCCAUCAGCAUCGACGGUUCACCAUGCCCCUUGGCGUCCAGAGGCUUGCAUCCUCCCAUCAGCUCCGUUCUCAGUUGAGGCGGGUUCCAUUAGCGACAUUCUGUCUCAAUGUUCACUGUUCCCUACAGCCCUCUACGUUUGCCUCUGACACGAUGAAGGUCAUGUGUGUUAUCAUGCUCCUCUCCGGAAGGGCUGGUGAAUGGGGUACUGCCAUGUGGGACAACAGACAUCCGUGCUGCACCACUUCUACUCUGAACUUCGCCGAGUGUUUGAGUCACCCUUGUCUUUGGAAAUCAUUCAGAACAACUGUCCUUUUAUCUUAUCUGAGGUUGGUAAUGCACAACCCACACAUUGAUUGGACAACUAACACUGUUCUUGCUUGGAGUCUUAAUUCUGUUGUCUCCCCUGUCCAGUCUUGUGUUUCGUUGCAGGAUGAACUGCUUCCUGGCACCUCUCUUCCUCAGGGAUGGCUUUAUUAUCUCUUGGCUCCCGAGAAGGGAGGCCUUGAACAGGUAUAUCAAUGUUUCUCUCAUCCUCUCUUCCUCAUCGCCUGCAGGGGUGGGGAGAAGAAGGAUGGCUCGCUUAGACUCUGCAUAGAUUAUUGGCGGCUGAAGGACAUCACAGUGAAUAAUUUUCCUUUGCCUUUGAUGUCCCCAGCCUUCAAACUUUUGCAGAGGGUGUCCGUCAUUACGAAGUUGGACCUACGCAAUGCUUAUCACCUGGUCCGAAUCGGGAAGGAUGAGUGGAAGAUGGCCUUUAACACUCAUAGGGGAAACUUACAAUAUUUGGUAAUGCCUAUCGGAUAGGUCAACGCCCCUGCCGUCUACCAGGUGCUUGUAAAUUAUGUGCUUAGAGACAUGGUUGAUAGUUUUGUGUUGGUUUAUCUUGACAAUAUUCUGAUCUUCUCCCCAAAUAUCCAGGACCAUGUACAGCAUGUCAGGCAGCCAGCGACUGCUAGAUAAUCUGCUGUUUAUCAAGGAGGAGAAAUGCGCUUUUCAUGCACAGUCAGUUCCGUUCCUGGGGUUCAUCAUUUCAUCCGAGGGAGUGUGUAUGGACUCUGCUAAAGUCAAAGCCAUCUCCACCUGGCCAACCCCAAAUCCUCGUAAGGCAUUGCAGAGGAUCCUGGGGUUUGCUAAUUUUUAUCGGAGGUUACAGCCAACUCGCCGUGCCUUUGACUGGUUUCACCUCUGACUUUUCUUCCACUGGCUUUUGCUGGUCCCCGUGGGCUGAAGCUGGUUCUCAAAGCUAAAGGAGCGGUUCUCUACUGCACCUAAUUUGAUAACUCCUGAACCUGCUAGUCAGUUCAUGGUGGACGUGGAUGCAUCCAAGGUUGGUGUUGGAGCAGUCCUUUUGCAGCGCUCUUCCUCAAAUGGAAAGAUGUAUCCAUGUACGUUCUUUUCGUACCAUCACUUGCACCUCCUGUAACCCCCGGCCGGGCUCCUCCAACUGCUGUCUAUCCCUUCGAGACCCUGGUCACACAUAGCCAUGGAUUUUGUAACUGGCCUUUCCCUCCUUCCAUGGAAACAUAGUCGUUUUAACUGUAGUGGACCGGUUCUCGAAGGCAGCACAUUUAAUUCCCCUCUCCAAAUUCCCCUCAGCGAGGGAGACAGUUGUAGCAGUCAUAAACCACGUCUUCCGCAUUCAUGCAUCCCGGUUGAUGUGGUUCCUUACAGAGUCCCCCAGUUUGUGUCACGUUUUUGGGCAGAGUUCUGUCAACAGCUGGGGGCUACAGUGAGUUUCUCAUCUGGGUUUCACGGCCAGAUAAAAUGGGAAAGCGUAGCAGACUAAUCAGGAACUGGAAAAGACCCUGCACUUUAAGGCCUCCCGUAACCAGUCUUCUUGGAGUGGUGUCAAACCGGUGGCUGUCUGCCUCAAAUUACCACCUUACCUGCCCUCAAGAAAGCUGGGUCCCAAAUUUAUUGGGCCGUUUCCCAUCGCUAAGGUUAUUGGUCCAGUGGUGGUCCGUCUCAAAUUACCACCUUACCUCAAAUGUAUUCAUCCCAUUUCCACGUCAAUAUUAAAACCGGUUUUUCAUUCCAAUUUGCAGGAAUAUGACUGCGCUCCUUCUUCCGGGCUUUGUUCUCAGCACCACACCACGCUUCAAUUGACUCUUCUUACGGAUCUGCUCCUGACUUCCACAAAGGAUACACCUGUCUAUGAACACAUCCUCCUUUGCCCUCUGCAUGCCCACUAUGUGGACACAGACUUGUUCCUUGCCUCGUACUACUGCAACAACUGCUGAGAUUCUAAUACUUCGCCAGCAGAGUUUAUGUUGACAUUUUUUGUUUAUAAAACCUUUGAAGUGUUCUUCUGCAAUUGUGUCUCACUCCCACUCUGACAUUAAUGUAUUAAAAUUAGGGCUGUCAAUCGGUUAAAAUGUUUUAUUGAAUUAAUUACACGAUAUAUUGAUAAAUUAAUGGAAUUUAUCGCAAUUAAUCGCAUAUACAGUGUAAUAUUUGCUGAGAAACAUUUGAUUAAAUAAUGAUUAAAUAAUUAUAAAUAUAAAAUAUAUUAUAAAUAUGACAAUUCAGAUAAUUAAAAUGCAUUACACUAUUCUGGAAGAUGAGUAAAUCAUUAAGAAGACAAUACAAAAAGUGGCUUUAGAAGGCAAUAUAUUGUUUAUUUUCAUAUUAUUGAACAGAAGCCAAUCAUUGGCCUACAGUCCACAACAAUCAAUUUAGCAAUUUAAUUACUUAAUCUGUCCUAGAUAGAUUUAUUAUAAGGGCUUAUUUUAGGAAGCGUCAGUAUACACAUGCUUCUCUACGGUUGCAUCACAUCAUGAACACAGCAUUUUGAGGUCGCUGUGUCAAUUUAUAAGGAGUUUGAAACUUAGUAAAACACGUCUUGAGGUUGCCAAAUCACAUACUGCCUGGAUUACAAGUGUAUGGUUGCGUAAACAGAGAGUGCAGCAGGUGCUGGAUUGCCCUGCCUGCAGUCCUGACCUGUCUCCAAAUGAGAAUGCAUAGUGCAUUAUGAAGCGCACAAAAUGGCAACAAAUGCACGUACAAUUGCGCAGCUGAUCGGUAUAAUGUAUUAAUGGGGAUAAUUCUGCUUGCUAAACUUAACAAACUUGUGUCUUCUGUAUCCAAAUGUGUUAUAAGAAGAAAUGGUGAUGUUACCCAGUGGUCAACACUCAACUAUCCCAACUUUUUUGUAGUGUGUUGCAGUCCUCUGAUUUGAAAUGAAUGUACUUUUUUUUUUUUUUAAAGGUAAAAGAUUGAAUAAUGUGUUGUUGUUGUGCUUUCAAUAUAGCACAGGGUGAAUAGAAUUUACAAAUCACUAGAAAAUCUAAUUGUCCAUACUGUCCCAAUUAUUUGGGAAUUGGGAUUAUGCAUAUGAAUAAUAUCCAUAAAAUCUUUACCACUUUGAGCAUUUUGACUGAAAAUCACACUGUUUACAGCAAUCUCAAAAUCAUUUGAAAAGGUAAUUCUCUUUUUGUGCAAUCAAUAGCAGCCAAGGAAAGCAGAGCUUAGCAAAGGGUCAAUUGUAAUUUUAUUCCUUUCAAAAUUGUAAUUGAAAUUGUAAUCAAAUUUAUAUUCCACGCAUCUCAAUAAAUAUGUCUGUAGAAGUUGUUGUUUUUUCCACUUGUUAGACUUGGCCAUGAGAAAACUAUCAAUAGUUAUAACAGAUUAUAUUUCAUAUGAAUAUAAUGGCCAGUGAAAUUAUCUAAGAGGAGGAACAGAUGAAUGUUAUUUGAAUGCAAACCUUGUGGUUCAUCAUAUUUUUGCAAUAAUGUGUCUUUCUUUAUUUUUAUUUUUAUGUUUUAGAAAAUAAUGGUGUGUGUAAGAGGACAUGUGAAUGCACGGUGGACACUCAUACAAAAGGUUUGACUAGACCAAUUUGUCUACUUGAAAAUGUUAAUGUUUACUUGUUUUCUUCAGUUUGUAAAGGAGCCAAGAUCAUGAGAUAUUUCAAUUUAUUAGAAUGAGAAUGAGGAUUGCAUGGUCACAACUACAGGUGUAAAUGUAUUUGUUUUCCAAGUGUA